AUGACGGCUUCAGUAGGCUCCGGAGAUAAUAAAAACCAACAAGGUUCUGCUUAUAAAGAUAAAGCAAAACCAACUGACAUUCGUGCAUCAAAUAUUAAUGCCGCUAAAGCUGUUGCUGCUGCAAUAAGAACGAGCUUGGGUCCCAGAGGAAUGGAUAAAAUGAUUCAAGCCUCAAAUGGAGAAGUAACCAUUACUAAUGAUGGAGCAACUAUUUUAAAGCAAAUGAAUGUGAUUCAUCCGGCCGCGAAAAUGCUAGUUGAGUUGUCCAAAGCUCAAGAUAUUGAAGCUGGUGAUGGCACUACAUCUGUAGUAGUUAUUGCUGGUGCUUUAUUGGAAGCAUCAGAAAAACUUCUUGCCAAGGGUAUUCAUCCUACAGCUAUUUCAGAUUCAUUCCAGCGAGCUGCAAGCAAAGCAGUUGAAAUAUUAUCUAAUAUGUCUGUGCCUGUUGAUCUUAAUGACAAAGAAAGCUUAAUUAAAAGUGCUUCUACAGCUUUAAAUUCAAAGGUAGUUUCGCAGCAUUCAAGUGUACUUGCUCCAAUGGCUGUUGAAGCAGUAUUAAAGGUUAUUAAUCCUGCACGAAAUUUUAACUGUGAUCUGAAGGAUGUAAAAGUAAUAAAGAAAUUGGGUGGUACAGUUGAAGACACUGAAUUAAUUGAUGGACUUGUUUUUACACAAAAGUCAUCAGGUGUAAAUGGGCCAAAAAAAAUUGAAAAAGCCAAAAUUGGGUUAAUCCAAUUUUGCAUAUCUCCACCAAAAACUGAUAUGGAUCACAGUGUAGUUGUUUCCGAUUAUUCUGCCAUGGAUCGAGUACUAAAAGAAGAGCGUGUCUAUAUUUUAAAUAUUGUGAAACAAAUUAAAAAAUCCGGAUGUAACGUUCUCCUUGUUCAGAAAUCAAUUUUGAGAGAUGCUGUGUCUGAUUUAGCACAUCAUUUCCUUGACAAAAUUAAAGUUAUGGUGAUCAAAGAUAUUGAAAGAGAAGAUAUAGAAUUUGUUGCCAAGACUUUAAACUGUAGACCUAUUGCAAGCUUGGAUCAUUUUGUUCCGGAACAUCUUGCUAGUGCCGAUUUAGUGGAAGAAGUUUUUGCUGGGAGCAGUAAAAUAGUAAAAAUUACCGGUAUUCAAAAUCAGGGAAGAACCAUUACAGUUUUGGUGAGAGGAAGCAACAAAUUGGUACUAGAGGAAGCCGACAGAUCACUUCAUGACGCUCUUUGCGUUAUUAGGUGUUUAGUUAAAAAAAGAGCCCUAAUUGCUGGAGGAGGAGCUCCAGAGACUGAGGUUGCAGUUAAAUUGGCAGAAUAUGCCCAAACACUUACUGGAGUUGAUGCAUACUGUUUUAAAGCUUUUGCUGAUGCUUUAGAAGUCAUACCAUCUACACUUGCGGAAAAUGCUGGAUUAAAUCCUAUAGCAACUGUUACUGAUUUAAGAACUAGACAUUCUCAAGUAAUGAUAAUAGUUCUUGGAUAA